CCCAUUCUAUGUGCAGCUCAGGCAGGUUGGCCAGCUAAUACAGGUCCCUGAGAAUUACAGCCGGGAGCUGGGUAGGAAGAAAGCAGUUUCUGGAAGAUGCGUCCAGUUACAGCAGGUAUCUUCAAGGCACUACUGUUUAUUUUCUCCUCCCUGUGCGCCUGGUAUUCUGGGUACCUGCUCGCGGAGCUCAUUCCUGACGUGCCCCUGUCCAACACUCUCUACAACAUCCGAAGCAUUGGGGAGAGACCUGUUCUCAAAGCCCCAGUCCCCAAAAGACAAAAAUGUGACCAUUGGUCCCCAUGUCCUCCUGACACCUAUGCCUACCGGCUGCUCAGUGGUGGUGGCCUAGACAAGUAUGCCAAGAUCUGCUUUGAGGAUGAAAUGCUAUUAGGAGAGAAGACGGGGAAUGUGGCAAGAGGGAUAAACAUCGCUGUUGUUGACUAUGAGACGGGGAAAGUAAUAUCAACAAAGUACUUUGACAUGUACGAAGGUGAUAACUCUGAGCCAAUGACUAAGUUUAUUCAGAGCAUCCCUUCGAAAUCCCUGCUGUUCAUGGUGACUCAUGAUGACGGAAGCCACAAACUGCAGGCUCAAGCAAAGGAUGCCAUAGAAGCCCUUGGAAGCAAAGAAAUCAAGAACAUAAAGUUCAGAUCAAGCUGGGUGUUUGUUGCAGCAAAGGGCUUUGAGCUCCCUUCAGAAAUGGAGAGAGAAAAAAUCAACCACUCAGAUCAAUCCAGGAACAGAUACUCCGGCUGGCCAGCAGAGAUCCAGAUCGAAGGAUGCAUACCCAAAGGGCUGAGAUAACGGCGCUUGCACCUCAGUAGACCUGUUUCGUACAGAUACGCUCAGCUGGAACAUCACAGGAUUCUGUUCCUUCGAGUCCAGCUGUGAAGGAAAGGGCUGAUGUGGAUUUGCAGUUUGUUGUAAACAAUAAGACAUUGUUGGUGACACUGA